AUGUCUGCCGCCACGAAACUACGUCGUCUUGUUCAAGAUCCUAGCUCAUUUCUGUUGUGUCCUGGAGUGUACGAUGGAUUUUCUGCUCGAGCAGCUCUGGAGGUGGGAUUUGAAGGCAUUUAUAUGACUGGGGCAGGUAGUGCAGCCUCCAUCCUUGGUCAUGCCGAUUUAGGACUUUUGACUCAAACACAAAUGCGAAUGCAUGCAGAGUCGAUAGCUUCACUUGCUGCCCUACCCGAGUAUACCACCGCACCUAUCCCGGUCAUAGCGGACGCAGAUGCGGGUUAUGGGGGGCCCAUUAUGGUAGCUCGCACGGUUCAACAGUACGCGGCCUCGGGUGUCGCUGGACUCCAUAUCGAAGACCAAGUCCUGACAAAGCGAUGCGGUCACCUUGCCGGAAAAGAGGUUGUGGAAAGAGACGUUUUCGUCAGUCGGAUCGCCGCGGCUGUCGCGGCCAGAAAGCGGAUUGGGAGUGACAUUGUCAUUAUCGCACGAUCAGAUGCGUUGCAGACUCACGGUUAUGAGGAAGCCAUCAGCCGACUUAAAGCAGCACAAACUGUUGGUGCGGAUGUGGCUUUCUUCGAGGGCUUGACCUCCAAGGAGCAGGCCCAAAAGAUCGUCCAAGAUCUGGCCCCAAUGCCGGUCUUGCUCAACAUGGUAGAGGCCGGCGCAACACCGUCCUUCUCCGCUGCUGAGGCAAAAGAAAUCGGGUUCAAGAUCAUGAUAGUUCCCUUCGCGACUAUUGUUCCGACAUACUAUGCUAUGAAGGAAGAACUACGGGCUUUGAAGGAGGAAGGAAUCACCAGGAAAUCAAGGACGAUGACGCCGCAGGCACUGUUCCGAGUAUGUGGCAUUGAUGCUAGCAUGAAAAUCGACAGAGAGGCCGGGAGUCGGAGCUUUCGAUCCGGAAUUGACUGA